AUGCCUUUCAUCACCACUAAAGAUCAGACUUCAAUCUACUACAAAGAUUGGGGUAACCCAAACGGACAAGUAGUUACCUUCUCCCAUGGCUGGCCCUUGAACUCAGACAACAUUGAAAACCAGAUGUUCUUCCUCGCCUCAAAAGGCUACCGCUGCAUCGCCCACGACCGCCGCGGUCACGGCCGCUCCUCGCAGCCCUGGGACGGAAACAACAUGGACCAAUACGCCGACGAUCUAUCCGAGCUCUUCGAGCACCUCGACAUCAAGAAUGUCAUGAUGGUCGGUCACUCAACUGGUGGCGGAGAAGUAGUCCGCUACCUCGGCCGUCACGGCUCAUCUCGCGUCUCCAAAGCCGUUCUCAUCAGUGGCAUCCCACCCAUCAUGUUGAAGUCCGAGUCCAACCCCAAAGGCACGCCCAUGGAAGUAUUUGACGGAUUCCGCUCAGCCAUGAUAGCCGACCGAGCCCAGUUCUUCGUUGAUGUGCCAACCGGACCAUUCUUUGGAUUCAAUAAACCUGGUGCAAAGGUCUCGCAGGGUCUCAUUGAUAGCUGGUUUCAGCAGGCCAUGAUUUGCGGCUUCAAGGGAGCUUAUGAUUGCAUUACGGUAUUCAGUGAGACUGACAUGACGGAGGAUAUGAAGAAAAUCGAUAUCCCUGUGUUGCUUCUUCAUGGUGAUGCGGAUCAGGUCGUGCCGAUUGCGGAUGCGGCUGAGAUUGGGGUCAAGCUGUUGAAGAAGGGAACGCUGAAGGUCUACCCUGGUGGACCGCAUGGUUUGCAUAACAUAGAGGUUCAAGGUGUCAAUGAGGAUUUGUUGGGUUUCUUGAAUGCUUAA